AUGGCCAUUUCGGUGCUUCUCCUUGUCGUCGGCGCUGCCGUCGCCUUCGACAGCGACUGCAAGUGGAAGAGCAAUGUCACUGGUUAGUUUUUGUCUUUUUUUGUGAUUUUUCGUCUUCUUCAUCAUUAUCAUUCUGAUCUUUUCUUCAAUUUUCGCUUUUUUUGAACCUUUAGCAUUGGAGCAACAUAGACCUGACGUUUUGAAUUUUUUCUGGUUUUUAUUAUUUGGAAUUUAAAAGGCGAAACGAGGAGUUUCGUCUAGAAAAAAGAUUUGUUUCAGAUCCCAAUUUUUAGAAUUUUGUGACGAGUGACAUGCUCAGGAGUUUAAUUUCAAGCGGGUUUCUCUGAAAAAUGUUCAGUUUUUACAAAUUCUAUUUGAAAAACCGCUGAAAACUGCCAUUUUUUUUUUUUGGGAAAUCGCUCAUUUUUCAAACAUUGAUAGACAUUCCUGCGUCUUUUAAAAUCGUUCCUGACAAAAUUUUUCAGAAAAAUGUCUUUUUUUCUGGAUAGAUAAAAAAAUAAAUCAAUCGGCACUCAUAUUUGGAAAAAUGUCACUUGGAGCGUCGUUGGAACAAAUUUAUCAUUUUUGAAAAAAUUUUUUUUGACUCUCCAACACUUGUUACCAACUCCCAAGACGUCAUUUGGAACAUCGUUCUCGGAAAAAUAUUGUCCCUGGGCUAAUCUUGUCCAUCGGCAUAUGACCCCGAAAAAAAAAAGACAUCUUCCUAAUUUUAUCGUCGUAAAAAACAAACUGUUCCAGUGAGUCAAUCUGAGAUUUCUCGUUGAGAUAUUCAAGGCCGACCACAUUUCCUCGUUACAGGGGCUAAGGCUCUCUUCCUCCUCGAACCACUUGAACUUGGCUGAGGAGGAGGAGGUGAAGGUAGGAAAAAAGAAAGAAAGGGUCGACGAUUUGCCUGACAAUGGACAGCGUUAUAAUGGGGAAGACCUGCGCAAUCGAGCCUUUUGUACUGCUUUUUUCAAACGAAUAGCUAGAAGAAAGUGGCUUUUCCCGUUGAGAAGUUAUAACAUGCCUGCUAUGUCCUUAUACUAUACGAUGCUCCAAAUGACAGUUGUUUAAAGAGGGUAAAGCUGAAUGAAUAAAUUGAAAAUAACCAGAUGGAAUAGUUUUUGAUUACAUUUGCACGAUGCUCCAGAUGACGCUCUCUCAAAGAGACCAAUAUAAAAAAAGUAAUUUUUUUGUUCAAAGUUUUAUUUUCAAUAAAUUUGUACGAUGCUCCAAAUGACAUUUUUUUCCAGAGCGAAUCUUCAAAUAACGAUGAAAGUCGUUUUUUUCUCAUCAUUCAGUUUUUUUGGUUUUUAGUAAAUUUACACUUUCCAUUUACUUGUUUUUUGAAAAAAAGGUUUUUUUGAGAAUCGGCUAUCUUCAAAAAAUUCAAACGAUGCUCCAAAUGACGGCUAGAAAUAAACUUUUACGAAAAAAACUUGUCUUUUUUCUCUUACUAUCACGGUGUCGUUUCAAAGUUUGUAUAAUUUCUUUUUAAUUUCAAUUUAUACUCCAAACGACGCUCCAAAUGACGGUUCUAAUUCUCGAUUUUUUCCCUUUCCCAGUCUUCAAAAUUUUCAAAAACCCGAACGAGGCUCCAAAUCACGGCUUGAAUUCUCGAUAUUUAGACCUUUCCGUCUUCGAAAUUUUUUGAUAUUCCGAACAACGCUCCAAAUGACGGUUCAAAUUCUCAACAUUUCACUCUCUCUCUCAGUCUUCAAAAAUUUCAAAAAUCCCGAACGACGCUCCAAAUGACGGCUCAAAUUCCUUAUAUCUCACCCUCUCGCAGCCUUUAAAAUCCCGAACGACGCUCCAAAUGACGGCUCAAAUUCCUGAUAUCUCACCCUCUCCCAGCCUUCAAAAUUUUGAACGACGCUCCAAAUGACGGCUCAGAACCAUGUACUUUUCUUAACCUUCCGUCAGCUUCAAGAAAAACCAAAAAACAACGGGUGAAAAAAGCGGUGUUUGCGGUGGUUUUGGGCUUGUUUGUAUGAAUGUAUGUGUGUGUGUUUUUCGUGCGGUCAGGCCGAUCCAAAUCGCCUUGGUUUUUCGCGUUGAGGGGCGAAUAUUUGGAACGACCUGCCGGAACGAAAAACCGAAAAAGUUUUAACGCCGCCGACUGGUUAUGACCCGAUCCUCAACGAUCCGAAAAAUAAUCGCCCCCACAGACGGCGCAAAGUUGUAAGGAUCCUCCUCCUUUGCCUCGGCGCCGUUGUCGGCAAACGAUUUCGGAUUUAUGUGGCGCUCUUUUUGUGGGACAAGCCGGAAUGAUCAUUUGAUUAGUUUGGGCCGUCAUUUGGAGCAUCGUUUGAAUAAAUUGAAAAAUACGUUGAAGAAGAUAUUCGAUUCGUAAAAAAAAAUGUGAUGACAUUGGACGUUUGGGAGCUGUCAUUUGGAGCAUCGUUUGGAGGAUUUUUAAAAAUUCGGCUUUUAAGUUUUGAAAAAAAUACUUUAGAAAAUUAGUUGUCUUGAAAAAAAAUUUAACUAUUCUUUAUAGCCUCAUUUUUCCUUUUUCAAAAAGUUGUUUGGAGGACUUUUUGGCUGAAACUGAUAUUGAGCCGUCAUUUGGAGCAUCGCUCCUUUUUCAACUCUGAACUAUUUUUAUCCGUCAUUUUAAGCAUCAUUCCAAGCGUUUCUAUAAGGUAAAAUGCCUAAAAAUCGAUUUUCACUUCUUUUUUGAAGAGUUAAAAAUUUUGAGAAUGGUGAAGCUGUCACUAGGAGCUUUAGUCCAAAAUCAAAAAAUCAGAAAAUCUCAAAAAUCAAUAGAUUUUUUGAAAGGUUGGAAAUCGCCUGUUUUCAAAAAUAUCCCAAAAAAAGUUUCCAGCAAAAAUUGUUGACUGAAACUGAUAUGAGGUCGUCAUUUGGAGCAUCGUUUCUUUUUUACUCAUGAAAUCGUCAUUUUUAGACUCAUUUCAGGUUUUCAUAUACGCUGAAAUGCCUUAAGAUCAAUUUUCACUUCUUUUUUGGAGAGUCAAAAACUUUUUGAAACGGUAAGGCUGUCCCUAGGAGCAGUAUUCUGAUUUGAAACUGUAUAAUUAAAAAAAUAAAUUUGUUCUCAAUCAUAUUUUGAAACCUUAAAAAAACUGCUAGAAAAUUCUACAGCACAGAAUUCCUAUUUUUUUAUCAAACAAAGCCUUUUUUUCAAUCUUAUCAUUUUAUUUAUUUAUCCUUGAUUGCUUUUUUUCUCAAAAACUUUCUUAGUAAAGUAAAAAUAAAAAGAUGACCUAUGCUGUCAAAGAAAGUGUCGGGAAGAUAACACGAGUAAAAGUGUAAAGUUUUCCUUGACGUGACAUAGAAAAACAGAUGCUUUUUGACUUCUUAUCAAACUUUUGGACGGGUAACAGGUUUUAUUGGGUUCGAUUUUUGUGAAAUUCUCAGGUUUUCUAUGAUUUCUGUCAGCAAUAUGACUGAUAGAAACCUUCAAAAAUUCAAAAAAAUUGUAAUAUAUUUUUUUAUUUUAGAGCUUUUAAAAAAACUACCAAAAAAACCAAAAAAAGACGGUUUUUUUCUAAAUCCAACUCAAUCGAUUAAAACUUUAUAAAAUCCGCGAAAAUUUAUGUAAUCGAGUUGUGUUCUGUUUAAUUGAGCACCGCGGCAGCCAACCUCUCCAAAAAUGGAUAGACAGCCGAGGUAGAUAGGUAAAUAUGUGUACCUGUCACAUGAGGUCAACAGGUGUCAGGUUCUCUUUUCGGAUAAAAAAAAGGGCACAAUUGGAACUAAUUAUUAGUUGUGGGAGGAAAUUUCCAGGCGAAGCUAAACAUUUUCGAAGUGUCAAAUCAGGCUUUUGAGUGAUUUCUCAACAUACUGAGAAAAUUUAGAUAAUCUUCAUUUUGAAAAAAAAUUUAUUGUUUUCGAAAAAUUCCCUUCUGACCAAGGCUUUAUUGAAGUGAAUAAAAUCCUAUCAAAUUAAAAAAAAAUAAUUUUCAAGCUCCUGCCUUUCUCUGUUUGUUGUAGAGCUUUUUUUUUGCGCUUGCAUUUUAUUUUGUUCCGUCAUUUUUGAGUUAACCGCGAAACACGCGUUUCAAGUGACCAUUCAGGCUGUAAUAAUAGCCCUAAAGUGACAACUCCGACUUUAGAAAUAACACUAAAGUGAGCUCUCAGGCAUUAUGAAUAACCCUAAAGUGACCACUCAGGCUGUAGGAAUAACACUAAAGUGACCACUCAGGCUGUAAGAAUAACACUAAAGGGACCACUCAGGUUGUAGGAAUGACACUCAAGAGACCUCUAGCUCCCACUUUCCAUCUUCGGUUAUCUCAAGCCUCUGGCUAUACCAAAAAUAAUGUUUCUGAUCUUCCUAAGACUUCAAAUUUGAAACUUCAUCAGAAUUACUUCUUAUGCUGAAUCGAAGAUUCUAGACCUCUUCAGUGACCACUCACGCUUAAAAACUCUCUAGUUUUAAAUUGGCUAGCUCUUCCUCCAAAAACCUGACAGUCUUGGAAACCGUUCCUGCAAGCUCAAACUGCUCCUAUCCAACUAUAGAAAUUCUACUGUAUUUUUAAAAAAUCCCCCUUUUCUUAACCUUCUCACUGUCACCAAGCACUCACAAGAGGGAUACCUUAAUGUUGUCUUUCAAAAUAGAUCGAGGUAUACGAUAAUAUGUCCAUCGUGAGAUCUCCAGUAUACUUUGAAGCCCUAUCUGAACCAAACCGGAGGUCCUUGAGAGUCCACACUUUUUUCUAAGCCCUCAGAGGUAUACUCGUCGUGCUUCAGACCCUUCGAUAUACCUCUGGAUCACGAUAAGCUUUCCCUUGUCCUUCUCAAACCUCUAACUCUUAAACAAUAUCAAAAUGAAGAAGCCAGCAGCCGGAUGUUGUGGUGGCGAACGCUUGGGAAGGGUCUCUGAGUCAACACUGUGUUUGGUGUUGAGACCUCCGUCCAUUGUUCUUCUCCCUGGUGCUGGUGCAAGUGUGUUCCCACUCUCACGUCGGAUCACGUCGCGUACUUAGGAGCUGAGUCACACCGUCGCCGCCAAGAGCAGGAGCAGGUGCUCUACUUGGAAAUCGAGAAGCUUUCAUCGAUCGUUUGGAGGGAGCUAGAGCUAGAAAUAACCCAUGGAACUCAUAAGGAGGUCAUUUUACUGUUUGGUUUGGGAUUUAUUGAGAAUCUCCUUGUUGUACCAAAAGAAGAUUCUGAGAAUCUCAAUCUGCACAACUUUUAGUUUUCAAGGAAACAAGUCUCGAAUUCCGAGAAAGUCAUCAAAAUCCGCUAACAAGGGAGGUCAUAAAAAAGUUGGAGGUCCCUUCAGUGUCAUUUCUACCGCCUGAGUGGUCUCUUUAGGGUUGUUCUUACAGCCUGAGUGGUCACUUUAGCGUCAUUCCUACACCCUGAGUGGUCCCUUCAGCGUCAUUCCUACACCCUGAGUGGUCACUUUAGGCUUAUUCUUACAGCCUGAGUGGUCACUUUAGGGUUAUUCUUACAGCCUGAGUGGUCUCUUCAGCGUCAUUCCUACGGCCUGAGUGGUCCCUUCAGCGUCAUUCCUACACCCUGAGUGGUUACUUUAGGGUCCUUCCUACAGCCUGAGUGGUCACUUUAGCGUUAUUCAUACAGCCUGAGUGGUAUCUUAGUGUUAUUCUUAGCACAACUUGCUCAUUUUUCAAAAAAAGUCGCCUCAAAGUCAAAGGAAACCCUCAAAACCCAUAAAAAUAGACUAUUUUGUGGCUUUACAUCUCGAAAACUAGAAAGUUGUGCAGGUUGAGACUUUCAGAAUCUUCAUCAAGGACAUCAAGAAGUGUUCUGGUAAUUCCCAACCGCAAAGUAAAAUAACCUGCCCCAGUAAGGAGGUCUUUUCUUCUAGCUAUAAAACCAAGCAUCCUUCUCAUCGUCUCUGUUUUCUUGAGGGUCCAAACUUCUGAACCGUAUAUUCUAUACAAGCUUGCUAUAUUUUGACUUUGUUCUCUUCGUCGAAUACAUAGAGAGCUCGUAGACAUAAGCGAACAGCAAAAGGAAGAAAUUCAUCUUUUUGACACUACUUUGAAACCUAUACCAUCCUGCUUUCAAAAAAGUUUGAUUUCCCAAUUUUCGAAAACAGUUUUGAGGCAAAUAUGAUCUGGUUUAAAAAUAUUUUUUGAUGAACAAAUCGAAAAAUUCCGAAAUCUUCAAAAAUCAAUUUCUAGUUCCUCUAUUUUCUUCUGAACUUCCUGCUCGGGCCUUGGUAACGCGAAGCGAAUCGGACUUGUCGGGGCAUUUCUAGUGACCACUUUAAUAGCCUAACACUCUUAAGUGGUCCCUAGAAUUGCCCAGAGACGUCCGGAGCACGUCCGUCUCGCGUUACCAAUGUCCAAGUGUCAAAAAUAGCAAAACAUAAAAUUUUUACACUUCUCCAAUUUCAGACAUCGAAGACAUCGCCCACCACAAGUACCAGGUUCUGGAGGAAUGCCUUUUCUACAAACUCACCAACGACGCCGACAAAAUGCAAGGUAUUAUUAUCAUAUUUAAAUGGAUAGCGCAGCGGUUUCAGAAAUAUAGAGCUUACAAGUUUUUUAAGAGAACCUAUUUCAUAGGCAAAGUCGGAAAAGGUUGAAAAAUGCUUCAGAGAAAUUCCUUUUCAGCUUCCUUUUUGCACCAAUUUUGCUGCCUCUCCCUUUCUCUUGAUCCUUUAAAAUUCCAGAAAAUGAAAGCUCGAUAAAUGGACUUUUUUUGCUGCCUUUUCGCUGUCUUUUUGCUGCCUUUUUGCAGCCUUUUUGCGGCCCUUUUCGCGGCCUUUUCGCUGUUUUUUGCGGCCUUUUUGCUGCCUUUUUGCGGUAUUUUUGUAGCCUUUUUGCGGCAUUUUUGCUGCCUUUUUGCUGCCUUUUUGCUGCCUUUUUGCAGUCUUUUUGCUGCCUUUCUGCGGCCUUUUUGCUGCCUUUUCGCGGCCUUUUUGCGGCCUUUUCGCGGCCUUUUUGCGGCCCUUUUUGCUGCCUUUUUGCUGCCUUUUUGCUGCCUCUUGGCUGCCUUUUUGCGGCCUUUUUGCUGCCUUUUUUGAGCCUCUCGAUCAUCCACCGACUUUGCCCGAGUCAAUUUUUUUUUGAAAUUGACACGUUCUCCUAUUCACUAAUUCCAAAUGACCUUUUCUCUUGAUUAUCAAAACUUUUCAAGGCAAAAGCAACGCACUGAUGUUGAUGCCUCCAACGGUCGCCGCCGGCGAAACGCUCGAUGUUCAAGUUCUUCACGCGACUGUUCGCGAAAUGUGGAUGGUAGGCUUCCUUCUUCCUGGAAAAUUCCACAUUCUUUCAAUUAAAACUAUUCUUGACCACUCAAGUUUUAUUUAAAAAACCAGUCUUUUGAAAAUUCCUUCCUGUGUUGUUUAAAGGCGCAAGUUUCCCACAGAAAAUAGGUCCUGGGAUUACUUGAAACUUUUUCUUCAAACAAGAAACUUUGAAUACCCUUUUUCAACUCCAAAAAACACCGUGAGAACGGAAUUAUUCGAAAAAACCCUAGGCCUAAAGAAAAAUCUAAUUAUCUUGAAAAAAAUACUCAAGAAUCGCAAAAAUUUAAUUCAAAUUUGUUCACAAAAAUAGUAAAAAUGUUCAAAUAUAGCCGAUUUUAACAUCAAAAAUCAAAAAAAAAAAUUAAAAAAGUUUAAAAACGAUAUUCCGAUAAAAUGCGUCGCCGUGUUUGCGGACGCAGAAAAAACCGUAUGAAUUCCUCAUAAUAUUCCUUCGUUUUUUUUUUUUGUUUCCAGUGGGAUUUUAUGGCACAUUUUCAAGGAUAACAAAACCUUGAAUUUUCAUUACGAUUCAUUUUUCAGAACGAGGUCUUCAAAGAGAUGAACAUCAACGGUUUUAUCAAUGUGGUGAGUUUUUAUUUUCCCAUUUUUCUCAAAAUCCAUCUCACUUCCAUUAUUAAUUUUGGAAAUCUCCCAUUUUCUUGAGUAUUCUGAUGCUUAUUUUGCAGAAAAAGAGUCCAAUUUUUGAUUUAUAAUCGCUCUUUUGCUUAAAAAUUACAACAUUCCAUUCCUAGAAAUCGCUUUUCAUGCACUGUUGCAAAUUUGAAAAAUUUAUCAUUCUGUUUUUCGGUUCGUUUUGGCUGUUCCGGCCAGAAAAUGCGGCUCAAAAGUCAAAUAACUCCUUUUUAAGGACAUUUUUCAAGCUUCCAUAUCACUUCCUUAUCAUUAUCUUUUUUUUUCGGCCGUUGAAAUUGCAUCGAGAGUUCUCGGCUCUCAGACGAGAGCCCUUGAAACCAUUGAGAAGAAAAAAAGAGCAUUUCCUCUGCUCGGAGAAGAGCACAAACAAGCAAAUAAGGAUGACCGGUCGGGGCCCGCUCAAAAACGGUUGACCGGCAGGGGAGGAAAAAAAAUCCGGAGGGGUCGUGGGAAAGCUUUUAUUGAUCAGAAACGACUAGAAAGGCAAAUUUUCUCGUUGGGGCAAGAUUGGUGUGAAAUUAGAGCCGUUCCAGUCCAAAAAACGUGGAAAAUAGUUCGAAAAUUGCUGGGAGGCGAAGUUUUGAGAAAUUUCUUUUUUAUUUUGAUACGUAAAAACGCAUUUCUAGAAAAAAUCUACAGUCAUUGAGUGGAACUGGUCCAAAAAAAAACCCGUUGCUGGACAAAAAUGGUUGAAAAAAGUUCUAAAUGGCCAGGAAAUCUUAUUCGUGUCAUUAUGAAAUUCUCAAUCUCCUAUAAAACCCGUCAAAAAAAUUUUAACUUCUGCGAAAAGUUUUAGUGGCCACUAUAGAGGCUCGCCAAGGACUAUUUGGAGAGGACACUUAAGUGGUCACUAAACCCACCUCUCUAGUGGCCACAAAUUUCCGUUUUAGUGGCCACUUCAGUAGCUUUUCAUCCAGUAUUCCUUCCAGUAUCUCUGAUAAUUAUUAAAAAAAACAGAUUGGACCAGUUAUGUUGAUCCAUUGACCCUAAAGUGGCCACUAAAAAUUUUCCCAGUUCUCAGAAAAUUUAAAAAUCGUCAUUUUUAUUACCAAGAGCACGAUUGAAGCGAAAAAAUCGCCUUUUUUUCGUCAAUAUUAUACAAAAAAAUUGACACUUUUUUUUCUUAAAAAAAUUUAUCUUACUGUUCCAUUUUUUUAUCGAUAGAGCACACUUACCACUAAAAAAACAGCCAAGGGUUUUGAAAUAAUAUGAUUUUUUAGGCCUGGAAGGACCGACGACUUCGAUGGGAUCCAUCAGAAUGGAAAACGGACAGUUUGAAAAUCAAGUCCCUUGGCCGCCUUUGGGUUCCGGAUAUCAACUCUGACAAGUUGGUUUUUCUUUUCUUUCAAAAGAAUGGCUGAAAAGCAAACUGCAAAAUUGCUCCAAUGAGGAAAGAGAUUUCUGAAAGCUUUCGUUUCAUUUCUAGACUUUGAAAAAUGAAAAUAAACAUAUUUUUGAAACGCUAUCUGAUGUAUCAUAAGGCUUUAGAAAAUCUCAAAAAACCUAAAAUAUUCGAUCCUUUCCAAUUUCAUCCCAUCUCAGGUACCAAACGGUCUCUCAAUCGGUGGAUUACGUGACUUUCCACGAUCUCAAAUCGAACAAUAAUGGAAAUGUGACGGCAAGAUUGGAGUUCCGGAUGCACGCCCAGUGCGAUAUCGACUAUACCGAAUAUCCUAACGUUGGUUUAUGA